ACGAGGAAGCUCUCCCAAAUAGCCGCCAAUGGCGGCCCGCUGGAUUUAGAGAGAUGGAACGGCAUGGCUGGGCCUCUGAUUGAGCGACUGGAACAUAUCGUUUACAAUGUAUUCCCCAUGCCUCAAGUGCGCCCUGAACCCAUCGGCCAGCCUUCGUUUCCCAAUCAUUCUUCUCAGGCAAAUUCCAUCCCGCCCGAAAGCAGCAACAAGGAAAACACCUCCCCCGCCGACAUCCAGACUUCACCCCAGGCAGCGCGAACUGGCUCUCCCCCGUCGAGUGAGCGAGUGCCAGACUCACAGCCCCAGCCAUCUAGUACGAGCACGGAUGACCGGCUUCCGCCCCCGCUUGCAUUUCUUCUGAGCGCCAUCCGCUCGUCGAUUAAAUCGUUCUUCGAGGAUAAACCUCCACACACCAUUCAGAGACUCGCAGAGCUGGUCCUCUACCCGACCAAGCACUAUAGGACAUUACCCGCAUACCUACGUGCUGUCGAUCGCGUUGUCUCAGUGACAAGCUCCGCCGAUAUUUUCCCAUUCCAAACGCCGGCUGUGACGAAUGUUCAAACGAACGGGCUGCUUCCUGGCAACGGCAGCGGGGUAUAUAUGGCCCCGGAGUUUGCCCAGGGUCUUGGGAGCGAUGAAUCUCUAGGCGGCGCACUACUUACUCCGAUCCCGUGGUUAACUAAUGCCUCGUUCGAAGGCGAUGAUACCAAUGGAGAUGCAGGCAUGCUAGUUGAGGGUACUGAACCUUUACCUACACAGCCUGAGGAGCCGGUCAACACAACCCUAGUAACCACUGAAGCCGGUGAAAAGGUUGCCUCCACCUCACCAGAGCCAUCUGACGAAGUCCCUCAUGCCCGUGGUCCAAUCGUCCUCGGCGUGGAAGACAUGGGUCUGCAAGACGGCAAAGGCGUCGAGAUGCGUCUUGCCGCGGACGGUGCCGCUGAGGUCCCGGUUGCAGCCGCUACCACUACUACACAAGCAACAGAACAGAAGGCUGAACCAACUGGUGACAAUGACGGUGACAUUGUCCUUGCGGACACCAAACCGAAAGAAGGGGAAGAAACUAAGAACGAAGGUGCUUCUACAGAGCCCCAAGCAGGCAACGCAGAGUCUGAACCUACUGGUGAUUCAUCCCAAGCGCCGGACGCCGAGAAGAAAGCAUAA